GAUCUUAUAAAUUCAGAUCAAAAGCGCGAGCAGCUAGAUUACCGAAGACGGGGACGUUUGCUGACCAAUCCCGGUUUACCGAACCAUAACUGCGUCAAAUCUUGUUGACAGACUUUUACCGGCGUUUUUGUAGAAAAGAUUUUUCGCGCUCAUUUCAACAUGUGGAUUCCAUUAGAAUCGAAUCCAGAGGUUAUGACCAAAUUUCUCCACACGUUGGGUGUCCCGAAAAAGUGGUCAAUUAUAGAUGUAUAUGGUUUAGAUCCAGAUUUAUUGGCGAUUGUUCCUAGACCUGUGCUUGCUGUUAUUUUGUUGUAUCCAACAAAAACUGAAAAGAUUAAAGAAGAAAAGGAAGAACCAAAAGAUAGCAAGAAUGAUACUCCAGAUUCUGUUUACUAUAUAAAGCAAUAUAUUCAUAAUGCAUGUGGGACUAUUGCCUUACUUCAUAGUGUAGCCAAUAACUUGGAUGUUAUAAAGUUGGAAGAAGGCUCUCUCAAACAGUUUUUGGAUGAAACCAUGGGACUCUCAUCUGCUGAACGUGGAAAGAAGUUAGAAAAUGCUCAAGGCAUUGCUUCAAUUCACAAAGAAUUUGCUCUGGAAGGACAAACGGGUGCGCCGGAUGAAGAUGUUGAAGUAUACCAUCAUUUUGUAGCGUUCGUACAUAAGGACGGCAACUUGUAUGAGCUAGACGGUCGGGAUGCCGGUCCUAUCAAUCACGGCUCAACUACACCGGAUGACCUCUUAAUCGAUGCUGCGCGUGUGUGCAAAGAAUAUAUGAAACGUGACCCAAGCGAAGUGCGCUUCACGGUAGUCGCACUCGCUGCCAGCGAAUAAAUUGAUGUUUAUACAUUAAAUGCAUUUGCCUUUAAGCUAACUUAAAAAAUGAAAUAACGAAUAAUUUAUUUUAUAAUGGAAAUAUUUCAUUUUGUACUGUCUAAUACUUUAUUUUGUACGUGUGUAUGUUAUAUGUAUAUUCUGCUUCGCGCAUUCUCUCAAAGAGCUAGCGAUUUGACAUUAUCGGAAUAUUUUCGAUAUUUCUGAUUAAUAAAAAAAUUGUGUGCGUAA